AUGUGCUUAGACGACGUCCUUUCGUACGAUUACGAUUUGGAUUAUCUAAACGGUCAAAUUUUCAUGAUCAGAGCUAUCAGUGGUGGUAAAUCAGAUCUAACACCUCGCAGCAUAGUAUCUGUAUAUCUUGACGUUGACGUCCAAGACACGAUGGACGGGAAGGAUUGGACCAGCGGCGAACCGGAAUAUGUGGCGUCUAAUUGCACGCUAAAGCCAUGCAUCAAAAGCAUCAAGUCUGACUACGACCAGUCAGCUGAACCGCCCUAUCGCGAGGAGGUUCUCAAGACAUGGUUCCAGGAUCCCAGCCCAGAUGUUUGGCGCCCAGCGGGCGAACUCCAGGCGCCUGUCGAGCCCGAGUAUGGGGUAAAUGGCGAAAACUUCACAAUUGAAAGUACGACAGCUCAGAGUAUUUUCUACUUCAUCGACACAUUUAGCGGUGUCUACGAAAAGCUCAGCGGACAAGACAACAACUUCGCAAACGAUUACGUUCCAGCCUCGGCUCAGCCUGACGAGAUCAUUUUUGCGCUCUGGAAUGGAAAUUACACGGAGUGCGAGUACCCAGACAAUCGUAUCUCGUGCGGCCUCGAUCUAGCUACAAGAGCCAUGUCGAAGACCAUGCGAGACUUCCCAUACGACGUAAACGGGACGCAGGGAGCUGCUGGAGAUGCUUACUCGCCGAUCGUGCACAUACAUGUGACUUGGAUAUGGAUCACGUUGCCGGCAUGUACGUGGGUCCUCGCUCUUGUUACUUUCCUUGCGACGGCUUGGAAAUCGAGUCAAAGAACCGAGCAUGUGUGGAGGAAUAGUACGCUGCCGAUAUCGUUCAUGAUACUGGACGAUGAAGUUGUAGAGCAGGCCGAGAGGAAUACUGAUGUAAAAGCGCUACAACAUAGGGCGACAGCAAUCAAGGGAAGGGUGCAGAUCGAGGAUGGACAGGUCAAAUUUGCGAGUUGA